UAUCCUUUUCUGUUGCCCCAAUUAUCCCCUCAUCGGAUCGCUUCUUUCAUACUUUCUCUCUUACUCGGAUUUAGGGCAAAAUUAACUGGAAAACACAUAUAUACAGAUAUAAUUGUAUCUAUAUAUUCUAGUUUCUUGAUAUUCUCUCAAUUUCCCGAUGUACUCGCCCCUUCGUUCUCUUUCUGUUUCUGGAAGAUUUUAUCUUCUACUCGAGCUACUUGGUCAAAUCGUCCACUGAAGUUGUUGACACUUUUUCUACUUGUUAAAAUUUUCUGUGGUUGCUGGAUAGGUAAUGGCGUCGAAGAAGGGAUUAUCAGGUGUGAGCGGCACCCAUAGGAACAGGGGCGGUGGAUCUCGAUUCCCCGUUGUGGUUCUCAUCUUCUGUUCCUGCAUUGCUCCGUUGAUUUUCUUUAUCGGCCGCGGCCUCUAUAUUUCUAGUUCAAUUGAUAUAAAUCAUGUUUCAACUACUUCUCGUCAAAUGGAUCUUGAUUGGAGAGAGAGGCUUGCGUUGCAACAUAUUAAACCAAUAUUAACAAGAGAGGUGUUUGCUAUAAUCAAGGCCAGUACAGAUGAUUUAGGGCCACUAAGUCUUGAUUCUUUCAGAAAGAGCAAUUUAUCAGCUUCUUGGAGAUUUGUUGGGCAAGUAAGCUUGGCCAAGAAUAGGAGCAUUUCUUUGGAGUCAAAUGUAAAGAUCGAUAUUAAGAGAAAGGAGACCUCAAAAGGGAAGACGGAUGAAUAUUUACAUGAAGAUGAUUCCCAAUUUGUGGAUGACCGUGUGAAAGUGGCCCGGAGGCAAUUGAGACAGAGAAGGCGUGAAAAGCGUGCAGCAGAUUUAGCAAAACAGGAUGAUGAAGUAACUGUUAAGCUUGAAAAUGCCGCCAUCGAACGUUCUAAGUCAGUUGACUCUGCUGUGUUGGGGAAGUACAGCGUAUGGAGGAGAGAGAAUGAAAAUGAGAAUCCCGAUUCAACAGUACGCUUGAUGAGAGAUCAAGUGAUUAUGGCGAGGGUGUAUUUAAGCAUUGCUGGAAUGAAGAAGAAGGCUGAUUUGGCACAAGAGUUACAGCAACGGCUUAAAGAAAGUCAGCGUGUUUUGGGUGAAGCAAGUUCUGAUUCUGAUCUUCCCCGCAGUGCACACGAGAAAAUUAAAACUAUGGGCCAAGUACUAUCGAAAGCAAGAGAACAACUCUAUGACUGCAAGCUGGUUACAGGGAAGCUGAGAGCAAUGCUGCAAACUGCAGAUGAGGAAGUCAGGAGUUUGAAGAGACAGAGCACAUUUUUGAGUCAAUUAGCUGCCAAGACAAUUCCAAAUGGGAUCCACUGCUUAUCGAUGCGCUUAACUAUAGAUUAUUACCUCCUUCCUCCUGAAAAAAGAGAAUUUCCCCGAUCUGAGAAUCUUGAAAACCCAAAUCUUUACCAUUAUGCCCUGUUUUCUGACAAUGUGUUGGCUGCUUCUGUUGUUGUUAAUUCCACUAUCAUGAAUGCUAAGGAACCAGAGAAACAUGUGUUUCAUCUCGUUACUGAUAAGCUGAACUUUGGAGCUAUGAACAUGUGGUUCUUGCUGAACCCUCCUGGGAAAGCUACCAUAAAUGUGGAAAAUGUUGAUGAGUUCAAAUGGCUUAACUCUUCUUAUUGUGUUGUACUCCGGCAGCUAGAGUCUGCAGCAAUGAAGGAGUAUUAUUUCAAGGCUGCUCAUCCAACCACCCUAUCUGCUGGUUCCUCUAAUUUGAAGUACAGGAACCCAAAGUAUCUUUCCAUGCUUAAUCACCUUCGGUUUUAUCUACCUGAGGUUUAUCCGAAGUUGGAUAAAAUCCUCUUUCUUGAUGACGACAUUGUUGUUCAGAAGGACUUGACACGAUUGUGGUCAGUUGAUCUUCAUGGAAAGGUGAAUGGUGCAGUUGAAACCUGUGGCCAAAGCUUCCACCGUUUCGAUAAGUACUUAAAUUUCACAAAUCCUAAUAUUUCCAGACACUUUGACCCCAACGCUUGUGGGUGGGCAUAUGGGAUGAACAUGUUUGAUCUUAAGGAGUGGAAGAAGAAGGAUAUAACUGGCAUUUACCACAAAUGGCAAAAUAUGAACGAAGACAGAGCUCUGUGGAAGCUUGGGACGUUGCCUCCUGGUCUGUUAACAUUUUAUGGGCUCACACAUCCACUCGAGAAAUCAUGGCACGUCCUCGGACUGGGCUAUAAUCCCAGCAUUGAUCGGUCAGAAAUUGAUAAUGCCGCAGUCAUACACUAUAAUGGGAACAUGAAACCCUGGCUAGAUUUGGCAAUGGCAAAGUACAAGCCAUACUGGACCAAGUAUAUAAAGUUCGAUCAUCCCUAUAUUCGUGGCUGCAAAGUAAGUGAAUGAAGCACACGGUGAAGCCAAACUCCAAUCAAGGCGUUUCUUUCUGACCGUGCUCGUGUUGAUCUGAUCCCCUUUCAACUAAUCAGCGUGGCUUCUCGACUUGUUUUGUGAUCGCUGUUGAAAAUUUCUUUCAUCGUGUAUUGUUUUGCCAAAAAUGUGAAAUCCGCAAGGUGUUAUUUGUAGUGUCUGUCUUCCUUGGGUAUAUGUUCUUAACCAGAGUGAAAAGUAGUAGUCCUCUCAUAGUGUUCUGAAUGUCUAGACGUCAGUUGAUGUAUUCUUUGAACAAUAUAUAUAGCUUAACCUGUAUCUCCGUGGGCAUUUCAUUUCCACUAUUUGUAAUAGAAACUUGAUAUUUUUUA